GUAAACUUCCGGUCAAGGGUUUUUCGAUUUUUCUCUUGUUUAUUCUCAAAAUACUCAUAAAACAACGCUUUUAAGAUGUCAACAAUAGUUCUCAGGAAGACGAGGGAUCCCCUGGAUCACUUAUCACGCAUGUUGAAUAAGACCACGCUCACAACUCAACGUGUUGGACAUGAAAAUGUGAUGACGGUAGGCAGUGAUGUUCUCUCCAAAGUAUUCACCAAUAAGAAGGAUGAUCGACAGAAGGAGAUUGACGAUGCAGUGGAAGCAGCUGAAAAGCGUGCAGCUCGAGAACUUCGUGCCGCCAUGAAACGGCUAAGGCAUGAACUUGAAGAUGAUAAACAAAGGGCUUUGGAUGCUCAGAAGUUGUAUUACACCAAGUUAGCCAAGAAAGUCAAUGAACAAAGGGAUAAGUUAGAAGAAGAACGGGUCCGAGAACUCUUAAGAAAAUGUGAGAAGGAAAAACAGGAGGCUCUGCAGGCUCAGUGGGAGGAGUGUGAACGAUUGAAGGAGGAGGCAAUAAAGGAUGCCCUGGCAACCUACUCCAAAAAAUUACGAAACGAGUUUGCCUUGGAGAGGGAGAGGGCCAUAGCGGAGGCUCUACACGCUCAAAAGAUAAAGUUCCAGCAGCGUUUACAAGCUACAGUUGAAGCAACGAUUGCCAAAUGUCAACAAGAUGCAGCUGAAGAGGCAGCAAGGGUAGCUGUCCUACAUCAACAGGAGACUGAUGAACUCAAUAGGAGAUACGAUAUUUUGACAAAAAAGUAUAAGCGAGAACUUGACCAUAAGAUGAGGCUGGAACGAGACUUUUUUGAGCUACAAACGGACUACAAAAGAUUCAUGGACUACACCGGUGGCCAGUACAACUCCGACUACAUGAUGCGCCUGCGAAAGUACGGGCUACAGUUAUCAGACCGCAGAAUUAGCCAAGUAACAUAUAAAGAUAUUGAAGAAGAUGAUGAGUCGACCGACUCUUUUAUAAAUCCGCUAGAUGAAUCUCCAAAUUGUUUAACACAUUUGACAAGGCCUAGUACAAGUUCCACGAGGCGUAAUACUUUGAACACGAGGCCUAGUUCAUCCAGGUUUAGACCAAGAACUGCUGGGUCUUUGAAUUCUCUAGAUUAAAUGAGAGUAUAAAAGGGUAAAAUUAUGUGCCCUAAAAUUGUUCUGCUGUGUACCAGUACACCCCCCCCCAAAAAAAAGUGGGCAUAAAUAUGUUUAUGAAAACUGUAUUCUAGGUGAAAUUAGUAUGACCCCCCCCCCCACCCCGCAUGUGUACAUGUAGGCUGUAAAACACAAUAUUUUUUAUUGUUCUAUGAACACUUUUUUGCACCCGCUCUCUGAAUAAGCAAAUUCAGAGAAAAAGCAGAAACACUUCAUGCUGUAUACUCUCAGAAAUGUACCGCAGAGGGAAAAUGUAUAAUAUUGUUCCUUUGUUAGGUACGGUCCCAAUCACAAUUGAUGUAUGCCCUGCGCAGUGUACAUGUAACUUACAAGCAUCCAACCAAAACCACAUUUUUUGAUCCUACGCACAGCUCUGCACGUUGGUUGCAGUUAUGGUCUGGUCAGUAUCUACGUUUGCGUGUACAGGAAACACAUCUUGGAUACAAUACAUUUUGUGUUGUCAGUUAUUGCUGUGGAUUAGUCCCCAUGGAGAUUAAAGUUAGUGACAAUGUUAGUACACACCAACUCUCGAAAAUCUGUUUAUCCUAUCAGGGGCGGAUCCAGGAAUAGGAAAAGGAGGGUGUGUGUUGUGUCUUCGUCCUCUAAUUAAGAGAUGAAGAUAGAUUUAAUUACGAUAAUCUUCUUUAGUUUUAAUCACGUUUUCAUCAGUACACUUCCGGUUCCGGUUCUUGUCUCACAUAACAGUUUUACAUAAUAAUCAUGUUACAGGUCUCACUCAAUAGUUUCACAUAAGACACUACAAACUCCUCCUUUUCUGAAUUUUAGUACUCUUAAAAUUUUAGACUUCAAAACUGAUAAACCAUAAACAUGAUAAACUCUAAACCUUAAACUGUAGCAAAUACUAAGCCAAAUGUACACAAUACAGUGUGUAGGAACAAUACCAACAAUCACAUCUUGAACAUUCACACAAAAUUGUCUCUGUAGAAUAGAAUACAAAUAAAUGUCCUAGUACAUGUAUACAAAUAUAGAAUAUCUAAGACACAAAAUCAUUAUAUUUUGGAUUGGGUUUAACAGUUCUACCACACUUGCUUGUGACAGCAGGAGUAGAAAUCACCUCUGAUCUAGGACGCUGGACAGUUGGCUGUACAAAAUCAGAAUCUACAAUCACUGGAUCUUUCUCAACUGAGGUUCUACUUUCACAUGGCUUGUCCAUUCUUACACCAGGAUUCUGCUCAACAUUUACCAACUCAGGAAUCUUUUGAACUCUGGGUUCUUCAUUUUCCUCAAAUUUCCAAUCAUCCUUGUCUACAAGGGGUACUUUUCUCAGAAACUUUGCAUUUCUUACAUACGAUUUUCCAGUCUCUACAUUCACAACCUCAAAGGUAUUUUCUGCCUUUGCACCAACAAUAACAUGUUUCACUUGGCUGUAUCUAGUAUCCAACUUUCCUCCUUUCAACAUGUUUGCUACAUACACUAUGUCACCAACUUUCAAGUCAUUCAUCUGAGCAUGAGACAUACACUAUGUCACCAACUUUCAAGUCAUUCAUCUGAGCAUGAGACAUACACUAUGUCACCAACUUUCAAGUCAUUCAUCUGAGCAUGAGACAUACACUAUGUCACCAACUUUCAAGUCAUUCAUCUGAGCAUGACGUUUCUCAUCAGCGUACUUUUUCAUUUUCUGGGCAUAUGCAUCAUAAUGCUCUUGAUGAGGAGGUUUACUAACACUUUGCUCCAAGAUUGGGAGUUUUGUCCUCAUUUCACGACCAAAUAGUAACAAUGAUGGAGACUUUCCAGAAGCAGGGUGGGGUGUCGACCUAUAAGACAUCAAAAUCUUUGGCAAUUCUAAUUGCCAAUACUUGCCAGUAGUCACAGCGGCUUUCAGACACUUUUUCAAGUAGCGAUGAAAUCGCUCCACCUUGCCAUUUCCACAGGGGUAAUAUGGGCUACUACGAAGGUGUUUUAUCCCACAUGACUUCAGGAAUGUCUCUACCUUAUGACCAAUCAGAUGUUGGCCAUUGUCUGACAAUAAUUGCUCUGGAAAACCUAACCUUGCAAACAACUCUGCCAAUUUCACAAUAAUGGUCUCAGAUGAGGUAUCAGGCAAAACUAUGGCCUCUGGCCAGGAUGAAUGAUAAUCCAUCAAUGUCAUCAGGUAUUCACCUUUGAUCGGACCGAAAAUAUCUAUGGCAACUUUCUGCCAUAGUUUUUCAGGUAGUUCUGAAGGUUUCAAUGGACUAUCAUGCACCAAUGGCUGGUUGAAUGUACAAGCUGUACAAUUCGAUAUCAGAUUCUCAACUUCUCUGUCCAAACCAGGCCAGAAAAAUCGAAGCCUCAAGAAAAUCUUGGUACGCACAAUGCCUGGGUGCGUCUCAUGUGCAAUACUCAAAACCUUGCCACGCAGGGCAGUAGGUACGACUAUACGCUGGCCUCUCAAAACCAAAGUAUCAAGUGUACUCAACUCAUGUCUGUACUUGUAGUAGGGUUCUACCUCAACAUCAAGUUUCUCUGGCCAACCUGAACAAAUAUAGCUAUGCACCUUCUGAAUGGCUUCAUCUUGAGCUGACUCAGCUUUCAAAUUAUCAAUGGUAAUGGCUUCCAAGGGACCAACAGCAAUAUCCACAAUGCUCAAAAUGUUAUCAUCUACAAAAUUUAAUGAGUCUCUGUUUUUCUCUUUACUCUUCGCUGGUAGCGGCAUUCUAGAGAAACAAUCGGCCCAAUUUCUCUUACCAACUAUGUACUCGAUCUCAUAGUCAUAAGCCUGUAGUCGCCAGAGUAACCUUUGCACACGAGGGGGUACGAUUGUCGACACUGUCGGGUUGAACAUGUAUAUCAAAGGGCGAUGAUCUGUUAACAGUUUGAAUUUCAAACCCCAGACAUAGUUUCGAAAAUACUCAAUUCCCCAUACACAUCCUAAGGCUUCCCUUUCCAUCUGGGAGUAUCUCCUUUCAGUGUCGCUAAGCGACCGGCUCGCGUAGGCUACUGGCUUCAAAUCACCAUCACUCUGUCGUUGCAGGAGUAUACAACCUAGGCCUACAGGGCUCGCAUCUGUGAUCAAAGUAGUAGGGGCACCUAGUUUGUAAUAAGCUAGGCAUGGCUGCUUACUGAUAGCUUCUUUCAGCUUUACAAAUGCCUGUUCUUGUUCAUCACCCCAAACCCACUCAUUGUCUUUUUUCAACAAUCUACGCAGUGGUUCACAGAUAUUUGCAUAGUCCUCAAUGAACUUUUGUACAUACCCGCAUGUACCUAAGAAUGAACGCAGUUCACUCGCAGUCUUUGGUGGGGGCGCAUCCACCACAGCACGGAUUUUUGAACGCGAUGGUCUGACACCAUCAGGGCUCAUCAAAUGUCCUACAACCUCGACACAUUUGAGUCCAAGUUCAACCUUGUUCCUGUUCAGAACUACUCCCCGAUCUCGGCAUCUCUGGAACACCUUUCGCAAGAUUUCUAACAGUUUCUCAUCGUUCUCGGCAUACAGGAUCAUAUCAUCGCACUCCAUCAUCACACCGUCAAUAUCACCGAAUAUGUUCUCCAUUGCCUUCUGGAAUGCAUCGCUGCUCGAAGCCAAACCAAAUGGUACCCUUUUAUAACGGUAAGUCCCUCUUUUGGUGAUAAAAGUGGUCAAUGACCUUGACUCGGGGUGAAGGUCAAUUUGCCAGAGAGCCUUCUUGGCGUCAAGUUUUGCAAAAACCUUGGCGCCUUCAAGCUUAGCAAGUAUGUCCUCAACCCUAGGCGAAGGAUAAGGCUCCCUGAUUACAGCUUUGUUGGCCUCACGUAGGUCACAACAAAUUCGUACUUCGUUCUUGUCCUUUUUGGGGAUGGCAAUCAGAUUAGAGACCCAUUCAGAUCCCUCUUCUAUUCCUUCAAUAACACCAAUGUCUACCAUCUUCUGCACUUCCUUAUCAAUGGCUUCAUCCAUUGCAUAAGGUUUUCUGCGGAGACGUUGAGCGACAGGCUCAACUUUCGGAUCUAUCGUAACCUUAUGAACAUAGUCAUUGAUGUGACCAUGCCCUUCGAAUAUAUCUUUGAACUCUUCUAACAGUUCGGCAUAGGGAUCGGUUUUCCCAUCAAUUUUACGCACAUUGUCAGUGUCAGCGUGAUGAGUAC